AAUUUAACCGCUAUUGGAGCGUCACUUGCUCAGAGGUUCUAUCGUGCUCGAAUCCUCCCUCGCCUUCAUCUACUCGGUCGCAGUCCGGAGGAUUGGUGGGCUUGCAGAGGUCUUCACGAAGAUGACUUUCCAGGGUUGUGCAUGCAACUUCUCAAGGAGACAUUCGGCGACCAGCUCCUCGUCAGUCUUCAAGAAACAGACACAGUUUUUCCCCUUCACGUACGCAAUCCAGCUCUCACAAGUCGCUUCCUCGAACUCCUUUCGCUUCGAGCUCAAGAUAAUAAUAGGCUGAAUGGAUCAGAAAUGUUUCCUACUGCGGCUGAACGUGGGUCAAGACAGUCCGAAUUCGGUGACGAGAAUGCCAGUCAGAUUCCUCACACCUCAACCCCAAAAACAAAUUCGGGAGAAUCGGCUCAGGAGGACACUGCGCCAUCCCAGGCGGGUACUUUGAGCCAUCAGACCUCCCUAAGUCCCGACUGCGACGAGUUAGCUGAAGAAAAGGAUGAUAGCGGUGGUGACUGGCAUGAUCGUCCUUUAACACGGCGUGAGACUGUCAUCACGGUCUGCCGCAGCGUCUGCGAGGUUUGCUCGGACGACCUCCUUGCCAUUAACGCACAUGAAAGGCUUCAGCUAUACGAAGAAGAGGCUUCCCAUGACCGUCAUUCGGCCCGCGAUAACGAUCUUUCGGUCAGGCAAAUGGGCACUUUGGACCAUUCUGCGACAGAGACCGCACCUGACAGCAGCACUCUACCAACUCACUCUGAAGGUCUAAAGACAAUUCUCGCGGCCGAGAAGGAAACGACACUCUAUGCGAUCUCCACACUGCUACCUCCCUGGACUCAAGUACGAGUUUCUGCAGUGAAGCCAACGCGAGACCGUCAUAAGUGCCAGUGUAUCGGCCGCCGAGGCUUCCGUUCAUGGAUACAUACCUUCUGGAAGCGUUCCUUCAGUCGUGAUUGGCGAGUCGGAUGCGCGCAGCGGGCAGAUCAAAAAGUGACUGUGGCUUUCCUGCGCGUAAUUGACAACGUUGGCGAGAUACCGCAUGCUGCCCACAUCGCUCUGUUGAUGCAUUCCAGUUAUGUUGUCAUCUCACUUGCUUUACUUGUUACGGCUGUUAUCAUACCUGAUCUAGCUGGCCUCAAUGCUGUCACGCACGGUACCUCUCCAUGCGUGACGAUUGGCGGCAGCGGAUCUGUUUUUCCCUCCUCUCGUCAAAAGUAUCCAUCAAACGACGACAGCAACGUGCCUGGGGAAUCCAGUCAAUCCGAGGUUCCCUAUGCGGCCAAUCUUUAUUGCAGUCGCGCUCAGGUGGUCAAUCGUUCCAUUUGCACCAUGCCUUUCCUUCGUGGUGGAAGCCCGCGUCAUCAGGGUUAUCGUCACCAAACCUGGGGCGGCCAGUCUCCAUCCGGGGAAGCGUCUAUGAGGUGCACGCCUCGAGGUGGGUAUGACGAGUGUGCUGUCUCGCCUCACUCGCCCGAUCAUCUUCUCGUUGACAGAACUUCUGUCUCCAUUGGCCAGAGCAGAGCAAGGGACCUCCAGGGUGUUGAGGCAGCGGCCGCUGGCAAGUGGGAGAACUUUGGAAUCGCCAACUGGUGGGAAGCUGAGGCUAGGUCGGACUACUACACAACU